AUGGAUCGCAGAAAUGGCGGUUCCAAUCAUCUGGCGCCUCCGAGGCCCCCUAAAUCAAUACCACGCGUUCAUCGACCCAGAGCGCCGGAUCCAAAUUCUGUAGAUACAGUAGAUUCAUCGCCUUCCAUUCAUAUCAUCAGCACACAUCCUCCAUCAAUUAGCAGAAUGAAUAGCAAUAUAAUUAAUAACAGUUCUAGUUCCAUUAAUUCUUCAUCAAAUUCAACGACGACGACGACAAACACAACAAAUAUAAAUCAUCGAUCGAUUCCAUCAUUUCCACCACCAGUCACCGCACCAUUGACACCAUUACAAAAUUGUAGAAAUUCAAGUAAUAAUAAUAAUAAUAAUAAUAAUACUAGUAAUAGCAAUAAUUUAACAUCAUCAUCAACAACGUCAUCAACAAUUAGUACAUUUUCACGAAGAAGAACGGAAAUGACAUCGACAAGUUCGACACAACCAUCAACAACAACAACAACAAAUUCAAAUAUCGUUCAACGUUCCUUAACUCCAUCAUCAUUAAUAACACCAACAGCAAAUUUAAUAUCAAAUGCAAUUAAUGCAGUGGUGAGACGAAGUCCAUCGCCUGUUAAUAGUAAUAAUAAUAAUAAUAUAAAUAGUAAUAGUAAUAGUGUAACACUUCAAUUACCUCGACCGGAGAAUGAGCGUCUGCCGAAUGAGUAUGUGGAUACGCCGUUUACAAAUCCAAAUCAAAAUAAGCUGACGACACCGGGAAGUAGACAUUCGCUAGCAACAUCAACAGUACCAAAUCGAAAUAAUAAUCAGUUGAAUGGCCACACAAUUUCCAUUAUUGAUGGCACUAGUGUAUUAAAUAAUAACAACAAUAUUAACAAUAAUAAUAAUAAUAAUCUGAAUAAUAAUAUAAAUAAUAGUAACAAAAUAAAUUUACCAAAUCGAACGGCGGGCGUUCAGCGACCAAAUCUGCUUCCAAUCACCAAACAGCCAUCAUUUAGAAAUACCAAUACGAUAAGUAAAAAGGAUGCAUCUGUGCUGCAUCAACAAUUUAGUCAUUGUCCGGAGGACAACAUUAUGAAUUCGCAAAAUGCAACAAACAAUAAUGGUUUGAUUAUAAGUAAUGCUAGUGAUCGAUUAAAUUCAAUAACGUGUCCACAAUGUAACCGAUGUCGAUGUGAGGAGUGUCAGCGACCACGUCAAUUACCAUACAAAUGGAUUUGUAAUGACAACUUUUUAUGUUCAGCUGAAACAAUCAUUGACUAUGCAUCAUGUUUGUGUUGUGUGAAAGGCCUCUAUUAUCAUUGCGCAAAAGAUCAUGAGCUCGAUUGCGAUAGUGAAACAAUUCGUUGUGCUGAAGAUCCUUGCUCGUGUGCGCCUUAUAAAAGAGCAUCGCGAUGGGGCUGCUUAAGUGCAUUGUCACUCCUAUUGCCCUGUCUUUUAUGCUAUUGGCCAAUGCGUGGAUGUGUAAGCUUAUGUGCAAAAUGCUACGCAAAGCACAGUCGACACGGUUGUCGGUGUAAUAAUAAUUCAUCUAGUGCGAAUAAUAGUCGUUUAAAUAUAAUUAAUUUGGCAUCAUCGCCUGGUCAGGAUCAAAUCUCAAAUCAUCAUUAUCAUCGACAGUCAAGUAAUAUUAAUGAUUUAACACCGGAGAAAAGGCUUUUAGCUAAUGAAUAUUAA